AUGCAACUGAUGAAGUCUGAUUUUGAGGACUCUGUACGGCUUCAUAUGGAAUGUUGCGUGGGGUACUUAAAUAUAAAUGAGGAAAUGCAGUACGUGUUAAACAUUCCUUUAUCGGGUUUAUAUCUGAGUUCAAUCAACCAUGCUGGGAUUUCUUCGGAUUAUCCUACAUCGACACUUGCUCCUGCUGCGCAUGGCAAAAUUGCUGUCUAUAGAUAUCUUAACACGAUUUACUGUCUUGCACCUGUAGAAACAAAGGAAAGAAUUGUAGCAAACUUGGCAAAUUUUGCAUAUGACCCUUACAACUACACGAUUUUACGUCAGCUAAAUGUGUUGGAACUAUUCAUAGACUGUAUAACAGAGCCAAAUGAGAAGCUUGUGGAAUUUGGGAUAGGAGGCAUAUGCAACGCUUGUGCUGAGCCGAAGAAUGCUGCUACCAUUGUCGAGGCUGAUGGAAUUCCUCUUAUAAUCAAAUGUCUAUCAAGCCCUGUCCGGAACACUGUAAAUUAUGCGCUUGGGGCUUUGUAUUACAUGUGUGACUAUAACAGAGCAACAAGAGAGGGGAUUGUGAGUCGAGCCGAAGUAGUUGAUCUCAUCAAGAGGUAUGCAGCAGCUGAAUCUGUCAGUGUAAGCUUUAGUAACUUGGCUAAGGCGUUUCUUGACAAACAUGUUGAUGCAAAUAACACAUGA